UUGAGCAUGAUAUUUUUUCACGGUCGACUCUCGACAUCUAUUAGGUCGGGCUACGCGGAUUGUGGUAGGCAUCUGCCAUAUUCAAUUUUUUUUCUUCGGAACCUCCUAGCUUCUGAAUAACUGUGACUACCAUGGCGGCCUCGCAGUUAUAUAAAGAGGCACUUGUCAGAUUCCGCACCGAGGCACAUGAGAACUAUGACGAUAAGAAGGAUCAGAAGUCUCUUUUGGAGUUUCUGUCGGAGAGCUGGAAAUCAGCAAGCCCAGAAGACGCCAUCGAGGAGGCCAACAAUCUUGGAGACCGAAUCAAUGAGAAGCGCGGAGACCGGAAAAUCGGGAGUAUAAAGAUCCCAGGGGCUUGGGUUAAAAAUAUCCUCGAAAGUGUCGGCACCUUCGUCCAGAUCGGGAAUUAUGCCAUGACGGGGGCCCCGGAAAGUGUCGGGUUGGUUUGGUUCGCCGUUAAACUCACGCUCACUGCUAUCCAGAGCAACUAUGAACUAUAUGCUCUCUUCGGUUCGGGGCUUACCGAUACCACGGACCUCAUGAUUAUCAUCACUCAAUAUGAUCGCUUAUACGAUCAGAGGUCGAACCCGGACUGGAAGCCGAAUCCCUUAAUUGAGAAGCUCUUUGAAGACAUUAUUGUCGCCUAUUUGAGCGUUUUACGUUUUGCUUUCGCGGUCAAGCAACACUUAGGGGGUGGGGCUCGUGCACGCCUCGCUCAUGGCAUCAAGGACUUCCUUGGAACGUCCAAGUCGAAGUUCCAGGGGAUGCUAAGCGAUAUGGCAAGGGCCAAGAAGAGUGUUCUUGAGGGUACUCAAGCGGCAUUCCAAAAGAGGCUAUUCAGCGAGAUAAGUUCGGUGCAAGGGAUAGUCAAUGACGUUAAAAAGUCAAUGAUUGACAUCUGCGAAUUUCAAUCAAUUGCAGAAGAAUGGCAUAAAGAAGUACUUGGGCAAGUUGGAGCCUUAAUGCGGUCACUCGAUGAUCUCAAAUCCAGCAUCAAACAGAAAGGCCCGCGGGAAUCUGCGAUAUGCGAGUUUGAGAAGAACCGCAAGAAGCUCAACCCUCUUCCGGAGCUCAAUGGUCCUUCCAGAAUACUCAUCCGACAGAGAUUCCAAGGUACGUGCGAAUGGGUAAUGAGCGAAUCAGCAUAUAGUGAAUGGAUUCGGUCGAAAUCAAAUGGCCUAUUGUGCAUUACGGGUGGUCCAGGAACCGGAAAGUCGACUUUGCUUUCAUUCGUAUACGAUCAAUUGACCACCAAAACAAGCGGUGCUGACGAUUGUACACUCUUUUACUAUUUCUCCUGUAGCCCCGCCGGGCCUGCGGGUAUCACCCAGCAGCGUCCUGUUACAGCAUCAAGGAUCUGCAACACUCUGUUAUAUCAACUGUACUGCUUAGCUACAGAAGAUGAAAACGAUGUUGACCUCUUAAAAGAGUGCAAUAAAAUAUUUGUGAACCCGAAGGGUGGUAGGGCGAACAGCAACAAGAACAAGAUUUCAAAUGCGAAUAACCUUAUCAACCGAGAGCAGGGCGAAUACCUCCCGGACUUUAGCAUCGCUUUCCCCAAGCUUACAGCUUUGCUCCAAAGAAGGGUUUUCAUAGUGCUAGAUGCGAUAGAACGUCUAUCUUUAGACGAUCAACAAGAACUCGCAAGAAGCAUCAAUUCUCUUUUGAUCACACCAAGCCUACCCUCCGAGACAGAUAUACAUGUGCUUGUAGGGUGUGGAGAGAAAGAUAGCUUCUACAGAGAGGUUAAGCUAACGUCAACGCCGCCUCGUCAUGUUGAUAUUGAGUCGAAUAUCCAACACGACAUAGAUCUGAAACUAUCAUCAGCACUUCGGGAGGUGCCCGGUUUAACCGAGACCGAGCAGAAUAUAGCUAAAGAAGCGAUUUUGAAAAAGUCGAGCUCUUGUUUUAGUUAUAUUGUUGACAUCGCUAUCCCUUUUAUGCGCGAACCUUUCCAACGCCCACUUGCUAAUCGUUUAGCGGUCCUACCCGAAGGUGUAAACCAUACGUAUGAGGAAGCACUUCACAGCAUGGGGGCAAACUACGUUGAGCUGCUUCGAUUAGCACUCCAGUGGACACUACUGUCGCGCGCUUCACCUACUGUGGAGGAAAUUAUGGAUGCUUUCUAUGGGACUUAUACGACGAGCUCGGAGGGCUUAGAGGCCGAUUCUAGUUCUAAGGAGCGAUCGGAGUUCCCCUUUGCCUCUGAGAUAUCAAAAAGUCAACUCGAUCAAGCAAGAGUGCCGUUCCUUCACUUAGAUCUGAAUAGAAAUACAGUUAGCUAUGUUUCUCUGCAAGAUCCAGAUCAGGUCAGGGGGUUUUGCAUGCCAUCCACCGCCGCUAAACACGAGACCAUGAAUGAUCCUGAGCUCUGUAAGCGAUGCACGUCGAAGCUUUCCAUCUCUAAGCAAGUUAUUAUAUCGGAGAAGCAAGGUCACCUUGAUAUUGCCAUAACUUGCCUUCGGAGCCUGAACAACCCCCUCUUCCAAAAACGGGCGGGCUUAUUACCAAAGAUAGCAGCCGAGCCCUGUAGUGUUGACAAGGAUCCUGCGCCCGAAGAGAAGAGUAAUGCGGAACAGAAACCCGUCCAAGACAAGGAGAAUGGAGAGUCGGCCAGCGGAGAUCAAGAUAAAUUACCUAGCGAGGUCAAGACUGAAACAACGAAGUCGGCGUCUACGAACACUGAUGAAACCAAUCAAGUGUCUAACAAUGACGAUGACGACGGCGAAAUUUUAGACGACGAAGAUCAAGAAGUUGAGAAAGUCUCACCAUACGCUGAUGUUACUAGCGACGACGUCCAGGAGGGUAAUGGUAGGGAUGGAUCUACUCGAUACGAAGUCCUUUUUUGGGCCCAUCAUGUUCGUGUGGCGGAAAAGCUAUGGACAACUGUCGAAAGGUCUACCAGUGAGCCUUGGGCAGAAUUAAUGCGGGAGAUGAUUCGAUUCGUCAAUAACACAGAGGUUUUCAACAUAUGGGGAAGUAUAUAUGCCAGUAAUGAACUCACUCGGGGGACGUAUAUGGACAUUCCGCGCCUGCCUCUAUUUGCUGCAGCUUACCUGGGGCUAACUUGCUUAGCCGAUUAUCUUCUCGAUCAUGGCGCAGAACAAACCGAUAAAAAUGUGAAGCACAAUGCCUUACAAGCUGCCGCCCAAGCUAACGGCAACGUCGAAAUGCUGAAACUUCUCCUGAGGCGAGGUGGAGGCUCGACUAUCAAUUCUUACUCGACAAGCUCAAUACCUGCGUUUUACACGUGGCUCGAAUUAUCUGAAUAUUCAAGCUUGGAGAUCGUUCAACUGAUGCUUGACCAUGGCGCAAACCCCUCAAUACGCGACAGGUUCAAAUGUAAUGCCUUGCAUUAUUUUGCUUCGUCUGGAGACGACCCCAAAGUCCUCGAGCUUUUACUACACCAAGGUGGCCCGGACAAUAAGGUGGACAUUAACGCCAAAGAUAUUGAUGGAAACACACCCCUCCACUUCCUCAUAUGCCGAAAACAUGUGAUUUUACCGUUACUAAAGGCCUUUAUCGAGCAUGGCGCCGACGUAAAUAUAGACAAUAACGCCUCAACUCAGCCUCUCCAAAUGGCUAGCAUCUGGGGAGAAGUUGAAUGCAUGAAGAUCAUUAUUCCAAAGGUCGACAACAUAGAUGAUGACGACAAGGACGGCGAGAGCGCCCUGAUUCAAGCGGUGGUGUAUGGGCGUGCCGACUCUGUAAAACUGUUAGCCGAGAGUGGUGCCAAUCCUAACCUAGAGAAUCGCCACGGUCGCAUUGCUCUUCAGUAUGCAGCACGGUACGGCUACAAUGAGUCUUUACAAUGUCUACUCGAUCAUAAAGCCGAUAUCACCCAUUUAGACAAACACGGAAGGUCCCCAUUAUUCUAUGCCUGCCUUGGCACGUCUCCGGAGUCGGCAAAUCUAGUCCUUGGUAUCUUACUAAAGAGGAAGAUACCUAUGUCUAAAAUCAACGCCUCGACAAUUCGAAUGAGAACGCCUCUUCGCCAAGCGGCAUCUCGCGGGCUUGAUGAAGUGGUUGAGAAGCUGAUAAAAGCCGCGCAAGCAGAAGAGGAUCCCGCCAGUCUCGCUAUAGACCUACAAGAUGCCAGGAAGGGUAUGACAGCUUUACAUCGCGCGGCUUUGAAUGGCCACAAGGGCUGCAUCCAACUAUUACUCGAGGCAAAUGCCAAUUCUAAGAUAAAAGACAAGAAUAACAAAACAGCAUUAAUAUUAGCGUAUGAAAAAUGGGCGCUAGUAUACAAUCCUACGAACCCCGAUCAGUCGUCGUUUGAGGAUAUCAUCUCCGUCUUAAUCGAAAAAGACCAACAAGCCGCUAAAGAUGAUCCUGAUCUCCUAUCCGUUUGUGCGAUAAAUGGUAGCCUAAGACUAGCUAAACAGCUGCGCAGUCUUGGCGCGAACCUCAACCGCCAGGAUAAGUACGGAUGGACACCACUUGACCUUGCUCAGAAGUACAGACAACGGGGGAUCGAAAUAUUCCUCCGCGAGCAAGCGAGCAUAUCGACGCCGCGCUGGAGUAUGCCCGUACCAGAUAGUGAUACCAGUAUAUCGGAGGAUGGGUUGACUAUCACACAUACGUCUUCCAAAAGAACCUGUAUCUCGACCAACCGGCCUCUGCCAGCUGGUCUAGAGAAAUUCUACUUCGAGGUUACUAGUAAGCCACUAGAAGGGGUAAACCAAGUCGAGUACCCAGAGGUCGCCGUAGGUUUCGCUACCUUUGACGCCUCAACUAUCAGAUUCCCCGGCUGGCCACCUUGGAAGGACGCACCGUUCGUGAAGUCUUGGGCUUAUCACGGCGACGACGGCGCAAUGUACGCAUACACCAACUGGAUUUCAGCGGCGCAAGAUGAUAACCUCCGAUACGGUCCAAGAGACACAAUUGGGUGCGGUGUUGAUCUAACAAACCAUACUAUCUGGUUUACUCGAAACGGAGUGAAAUUGGAGCAUACAUUCUCUGGUGUACAAGGCCGCUUAUUUCCCGUGAUAGGCUUUUCGGCCGCAGCUUCGAUGGAGGCGAAAUUCAACAGUCCCUUCAUGUGGAAAGGGGUCGACGGGACUGAGCCGGUGGCCUGAAGAAUGAAAGAUAUACUGAGAUUCGAGGGAAUUUGUUUCGCAUUACCAUUUCAUAACCUAGUUUACCAUCCCACACAAUCC